GACUGUGGUUCCGAUGAGUUGUCGGCCAGGGUGUACUCGGACUGUAGAUCUGAUAUCUAAUGACAAAAAUAACCUGAUUUUCAUGCUAUUCUUGAUUUUUGACUUCCCAAUUUUGUAUUUCUAAUUUGUGGAAUUUGAUUUUUCCUUUCAAUAUUAUGUUCUCUUAGUGACUUUGAAUGGUAAGAACCGAGAAUAAGAGCUGGUUGUAGAAAUUGUGAAUAUGAACUACAGACAUAUUUCAGUAAAUACCGAGAAAAUUGAAUAUCGUACCGAUUGUUCGAUUACUGAAAAUUUGGUAAAUGAAUACGUAUCGGUUAGGUUGAGUUAGACAAAAAUCUCCCGUUUUACAAUUUUCCAUAAUCUCUCUCUCUCUCUCAUUAUUUUGCUCAACGUCAAUUUCAUACAGUUUUACGGUACCUUUUUGAAUCCUGAUGAAUUAUCUUUCCUGUACAUCGCAAUCAUCGAUCUCCACUGCCGAUUCCCAUGCCAAAUCCUCAUCCCAGCCCAAGAACAAAAGAGACGACACAAAACCCAUCAAAAUCACGGAAUUCAACUACACAGAUCUCGAGCUAGCCACCAACAAUUUCUCCGAUUCCAAGCUCCUCGGCCGCGGCAGCCAUGGCCUCGUCUAUAAAGGCGUUCUCCGCGGGGGUCGCCUCGUCGCCGUCAAGAAACCCUCACAAAAAACCUCCGCCUCCCAAACCCCUAACGAAUUCGAAAAUGAAAUCGAUAUCUUAUCCAAGCUCCAGAGCCCCAAAAUCGUCAAUCUCGUUGGGUUCACCAAGAAAGAAUCACGAGAUCGCCUUCUGGUGGUUGAAUUCAUGAGCAGAGGAACUUUAUUUGACGUCUUGCACUCGAACCCUAGGCCCCUCUCCUGGGGAAGGAGGAUAAAAUUGGCGUUGCAAACCGCAAGAGCCAUCGAAACCCUGCAUUCCUCAAACCCACCCGUAAUUCACCGUGAUAUCAAGUCAGCAAAUGUUCUGAUCGACAGCAAUUUCAAUGCUAGACUGGGCGAUUUCGGUUUGGCUUUGCGAAUUGGGGACGAUCACAGAUUCAAAUCGACUCCUCCAGCUGGAACAAUGGGUUAUUUGGAUCCGUGUUACGUGACGCCCGAUAAUCUGAGCACGAAGACUGACGUAUUCAGUUUCGGAAUACUUCUUCUGGAGAUCAUUAGCGGUAGAAAGGCUCUCGACAUGGGUAAUUCUCCUCCCUCGGUAGUCGAUUGGGCUAUUCCCCUGAUAAAGAAAGGGAAAUUGUCUUCUGUGUAUGAUCUUAGGGUUUUUCCACCUAGGAAUGAUAUUGUUCGGAAAAUGUUGGGUGUUUUGGCCGCUAAAUGCGUGAGGCCGUGUAAAGAUAGAAGGCCGUCGAUGAGGCAGGUGGUGGAGUGCCUGGCUGAGCUGAGUCAAUUGGUUCCUUUGCAUUCUUGGAGUGGUUUGGCCAAUCCUUGUAUGAUGGUUGAGAAUAUGGGGAGGCCAGUUCAGACGAGAAGGGUGGAAAACGAGAAUCUUGAUAAUAAUGGGGGUGAGAAAAAUGGGGGACUGUUGAGAAAUGGAGGAAGAGUGUACUCGGAUUUGGGGUUUAGGAGGAAUUUGAGGGAGUUGUUGGACGGCCAUGAUGACGGGUCAGACAAGUGUGGGGAGGAUGGUAAACGGGUGUCGAGUUUGAGAUUUGAAAUUGGUAGGUUGGCCGAUGUUCGUUCAGUCGUUUUCGGCGAUGGUAAAAGUAAAUUGCCGAAUUUUAAGUCGAGGGAAUCUGUUGGCGAGGGUUCGGAUAAAUUUUCCGAACUGGAUGAUGAGAUUAAUACUGGAUCGAAUGUGGAGUUGGACAUGGCAACAUAAAGAAACGUGCGCUGCAGAUUCUUUUAUUCCUUUUCGUUCUUUAUUCUUUUUAGAAGCAAAAACGUACAGGUAAGUGUGGGUUUGCUCUUUGUUUGCGAAUUGCUGUGUAGAUGCUUGAGUUGAGACAUUUGAUAGAUUGUGUAGAGUUUUCAGUCAUCCAGAAUUGUUUGGUGCACCGGUGGUGCAAUAGUUGCGCGUUCUUCAUUUCUUCAAACGAGGAAUGGAGUGCAUAACCGACAUUUGUUUGUGCUUUUGUAUGAUGUGUUCAUUUCCCUGUCAUUUGUUAUUUUACAUAUAUAGUGAAUUAGAUUUCCAGUAGCAAGCUAUGUAUCUCUGCACAUGUUUGUUUGGGUGCUGAUUUGUUUGAUCAUUCAUCCACGAGACCUCACAAACUACAGUUUUCGAUAUAUCCAAUCUUGGGGAGAAAUCCAGAGAAGGAGAAUACCGACGUUAGUCGAUCAACACCGUAUCGUAGUCUUGGAAAGCUCGUAAUAAUCUGGUUUUUAAUGGGACUCGACCUUGUGUGGAAGCGGCACCGCCUUGGCUUACGUAAAGCCAUUAUCCCCAGCUCAAAAGGAAGGACUGUGAAUUCAAUUCCUUGCGCUAUCCGGCUGACGACCCUGGGUAAACUCGAUGACCCAAACGGCUUGGAAGAAGUGGGCUCCCCUGUAAAAAAACUUCAAUGGGACUCAACUCUGUUCCCACUUGUCUUGUUGACAAAUUCGUCGGUCGCGUGCUCUGAGAUCUGCGUCGUCUCUCCGCCUCCUCCCAAUUGUGGUGUUUCUCCUUCAACGGAAAUGAUGUCGCCAUCUUCCAGAGGAAGCUCCAAAAAUCGGUCUUCCAGGCCUCGUCGUCAGCCUUCUGCCGUCCGCAGCGUCCUUGUGCCCCAGAUUUUCUUCGUCGCCAUGAGUUUUCGUCGUCGCUUUGUUCAUUGA